GAAGAGUUGUUCGGUCAAAAUGUUUACAAAAAACGAAAAAAGUUUUAAAAUAGGAUGAGGUGCUUGCCAGGGGGCUGUCUUAGGGGGCCUCCAAUGAGCUUUGAUCUUGGACCUCCGCCACCCCCUCCAAACAUUCCUGCAUACCAUAUCCUAAACUGCAAUCACAAUUUACGUGCCAUGUUGAACGAGACUAAUCACCUUUCCAAUAUGACCAUUGAUCCAUUAAGCAGCCAACAAGGAGAAACCAGCUUCUUUGAUGCAUCAAAUCAGGAAAAUUGGUGGAAGGCAUGGCUGAUAGCUGCUAUAUUAGGAGGCCUCAUUCUAAUGCUGUUAGUAGUACUGUUGAUUGGAUUUGUGAGUUCUAAGAUGAAAUUCCAACAUAAAAGGUCAAAGAUUUCACCUGGAGAUGCGAGAAAAUCUUCCAAGAAAAUCAAUAUGGAAACAAAGACAUAUACGGGUAUGAAAAACAAUAUCCAUGAACUCUCAACCAAUCAAAAUUCAAUGUAUGGUGCAAUCCAGCAGAAUUUAUCCACCAAUCGACCAUUAGCAAUUAUCCCAAAAUCCAUGGAAAAUAGGGAGAAUUUUCCAUCAGAAUUUAGUGCCAAUCCAACCAAAACACCUUCCAAAAUAAAACAAGGAAACGCCAAGUGUGUGAAAUUAAAAUCAAAAACAAAGAAACUUCAAAAUGUUAUAAAUACUCUGAAUGCCUUUACACUGACCACAAGUAAGGCUGACGAUGAAAAAGAAAAUGAAAAAGAGUCGAAAGUAAAAACGAAAAAACUUCAAGGAGUUGUGAUGUCAUUACAGACCCUUGGGAUUCCCAUGAAAUCAGUGCAAGGAAAAUUUCGGAAAUUACCCCCAAUUCCCAACACAAACGAAGAACAGGAAGUUGGUGAAACGGUUUAAUUACCCGUCGCAGAAAAUAUCAUGCCAAGUUUUAACAAAUCAGAAAUUUCAGGAUGUAUGAAGUACAAAACAUUUGAAUUCACUUCAUUACAUGCAUUAAAGUUAUAGAAUUCCAAUGGGACUUUGGAACCUUUUGUGUUGUGCCAUAAAUUAGAAUAUUGAAUUGGAUAUAAAAUGUGGUCUUAAUAAUAGCAUUGUUAUUAGCAUAAUACUGAAGUUGAUAUGUUAUCACAACUAGUGUUGACAUGUUGUUACAGUCUCCCAGCUUUUUAUGGAUGGUGUUCGCCAUUUGACCU